GCGGCCGCCGCCGUGAGGGAGCGGCGGGGGCGAGGGGGGCUCAGAGCGCCGGGGAGUCGCCGCCAUGUUCGGGGGGCUGGGCCGCUGCUUCGAGGAGGACCCCUUCUUUCGCGAUCCUUUUGCUGCACACCAUGAAUACAUGCGGCAGAUGAUGAGAAGCUUUUCUGAUCCUUUUGGACGAGAUCCAUUUCUCAGUAUAACAGAUGGUGGGGAGAGAACAGUAGAUCGAAGAGCACGCCAGGACUCUCAGGUUGCUCUAAGAGGAAAUCACAGACAGGAUGCAGAUUUUGGGGAACCUUUUUUUGCAAUGGACAGGAUGAUGUCAAAUAUGAGAAACAGUAUGCUGGAAAUGCAAAGAAAAUUUGAUGACCUGUCCAUCCAUCCAGAUGGACACACGUUCAGCUCCUCCUCUGUGAUGACAUACUCCAAAAUAGGGGAUGAACCACCAAAAGUUUUCCAAGCUUCAGCUCAGACACGCACAGCUCCAGGAGGUGUUAAGGAGACAAGAAAAGCACUUAAGGAUUCUGAAAGUGGACUGGAAAAAAUGGCUAUUGGUCAUCAUAUUCAUGAUCGUGCUCAUGUCAUUAAAAAAUCAAAGAACAGCAAGACUGGUGAUGAAGAAAUGAACCAAGAAUUCAUCAACCUGGAUGAAACUGAGGCCCAGACCUUUGAUGAAGAGUGGCAGAAAGAGAUUAUGAAGUUCAAGCCAUCUAGAACUAGGGGCACUUUAGAAGCUCCAAAAUACAGAAGUAUUCAUCACGUGCCCAGGGAAGAUGGAUUAAGAAGAGGGAAACCACUUGCAGUUGCGGGUUCUGGGGAGCCGAGAGUUUCUUCGGAGAAUCUCAGUGUGAAAGGAAGACACGUCCCCAUCAAAAGCAGCAAAAAAUAAAUUGCUUCCAUUCUCCACAUGAAUGGAGUUUCUUCAAAGAUAACGGUGCUGCAUUGCUUAUGUUCAUAUAAGUAUACACAUAUAUAUGACCAAUCUCUGUUUUUUGUUUUAGUAAGCAUUAGCGUGCCUUGCUACUCUGAUCUUUUGACAACUGAAUGUUCUUCAAAACUUAAGAUCCUUGGUGAAACUGCAUAGUUUCAGUAAAUUAAAAAAAACAACAGCUUCCCACUUAAAAGCACUUUAAUGGAUUAUCAGUAAUUCUGGUUUUCUUUUUUUUUUUUUAAAUAAAAACUUUGAUUUAAAGAUUUUUCUGCUACAACUGCACCAGUCUCAGACUUUUUAUUAAGCCUGGUAAUGGAACUACUUUUUCCCUCACUAACUUGCACAGAAAGUAAAUUCUCUUUUAAUUUUGUGUGGCUGAAAUAAUUACUAAUUUUCUAGGUGAUAGAGCAAUUAAUAGUAAUUUGAAUACACUGUAGCCACUAUGUGUAUAUAUAUAUAUCUUUAAAAUCAUACUGUAAAUUGUUAUAGAAUCCUCAGAUUCACCUUGAUUUUAACAUGAAGAAAAGUGAGAGGAAAUACUAAAAUGACAAAUACUUUAAAUUUUAGUUUAUCAGCAUUCUUAUGUUUAUAAGCUGUGCUUGCAUCUCUUACUUUCUGUGCCUAGACUGUCAAUUCUGUAUUUCUCAUCCUUUGUAUAUUUACUUUGGAGGUGGCCCAUUAUUUUUCAUUCUUGGAGAUUCUCUGUAGUAGCUUUUAAUUACUGUGUGAUAAUACCACUGUGUCCUCAAACUCAGCUGUAACUACUAGUUAUUAAUCAGAAAAAUCUGUAGGAGAAACUGGUUGAGUAGGCAGUAGUGUAACUGGAUAAUGAAUGAUUAUACCAUUUCUUCUGUUCUAAAAAGCUAAGGGCUCUGCAUACAGGAAACCAUAUUCUCAGCUGAGAUGUGUUUGUGUUCUUUUCUGUCCUGCUUUAGUGGAUGUAGAAUGAUCUGAAAACUAACACUGACGUCACGUCCCUUGAUGUUCUUGUCAUUGUUUGGUUAAAGAGUCUGAUGUUCUAGAGGAAAGCCAGCUGUCUGACCGAGAACAGGAAAGGUCUUUGUACUGGAAAUGUUUCAUUCCUGUGCUGGUUUGUUACACAGAAUGGAUCCCCAUGUCAUAGUGCAAAUAGUUUCUAUAGACUAUAACAUUACAGCAUUAGCACUAUAGCAUAUAUUUCAAGGCUAAAACAUUAGAGUGUAGCCAUAAAGAUUUAUAUGAUAAAAUAGCUUUAGUAACUUUAAUAUAUAUUUGGCUAAAAACUAAAUGGCCUUUAAAUCAUGAUUAUUUAAUUCUGUUUGUUAAUGUGCAAAAAAAAUCAAAAGUAUUUUGUUGAACCCUGACACAGGGAAGAAUUGUUUGCUUGUUUAAUGCAAUGGUCUCUCCCUAUAUUCGAGCAAACACUAGUGGCAAUAUGUUUAUGCUCUUGGACCAUUCUACGAGCAGCAGAGGUGAGUGGGUGGUAAGGGGAGGGUAGUGAAACUGUGUGAUACCAGAGACAGGCUUGCCAGAGGAUGUCUGCCAGAACCCUGAAUUUAAAGGAUGCUUUUACUCUCCUUAAAAAAGUAAGAGUAGAACUCCAGGGCCUGAUCUUCCAUACCCUGAAGACAACAUCAAUUUUGCAAUAAAUGUCACUGAGAAUAUAAGGCCAUGGAGGCAUUUCCUAGGUAUGUCAUUUAAAUUUCCCAGUAAUAAACAGCAGAAAAGCUUUUCGUGUCAUAAUUUCAGAAAACUUUUAUUUGAGAGACACUGCUAUUUAACAGAAAACAGUAUUCAUCUGACAAAUUUUUGUUCAUGCUUUACUGAGAUAAAAAAGCACAAUACUUAUAUCUAAUCAAUAAAAUAAGUACAUAGUAUGAUUUUAAAAUUAGAGUGGAAAGAGGCUAAAAUUCAUUACAGAUUACUUUGUUAUGCAAAACAAUAUUCUAAAAUGUAAUGCAAAAUAAAUUGUUCUAUGUAGAAACAUCUGAAACUGUAAUUCUUUAAUAAAGUUAUUUAUUAUUUACAGUUAUUGUUUGGCUUGCUCUACAGCAUAAAAUGACUUGUACAUUAUUUAUUUUGGGCUGCUUUGAAACACUGUUGUAUGUGACACCAGUAGCAAUGCAAUGAGGGAAAGUAUGCCUGUUUCCAGAGGGAAAAUAUAUGCAUUUACCACAAAAAAAAAAAAAAAAAAAAAAAAGCUUGCUGGAAAGAGUCAGGAGUACAGAGAGGGCCAGGCUGCUUCAGGAUGGCUCUUGGAGUAUUCUCUGAUAUGAAAGACUACGCUCCUGGUGUAAUCCUAAUAGCGGGGGAUUUAUUUUUUUUAUAUAUUUGAGAAUAUUGGUAGACACUAUAGCUUCCAUAGUAUGCCAUUGAUCCUAACAGCUAUCGUAUGCAUACUCCAAAUGUGAGGAUUUUUUUCUUUCAUGGUGGUGCUCACUAGAGGGAAGCCGUGCAGAGUAACUGCGUCCACUUCACGGGCUGGGAUAUCCUGUUUGUGUAUCUGUAAUGCUGAUGUAACGGAAACUUCCUUGCUGUUCUAAGUGUUUCGAAUUAAAAGAUGUGUUCUGCAUAAA